CCAGCCCGCUCGGAGGGGUUUCGGACAGAAGGGAAGGAGCAGCGCCGCGUCGUCCGCCUCCCAGCGCGCCGCGGGCACUUCUCCCGGGCCUCGCCGAACUCUCCCGCGACCCCCGCGCGCCCUCAGGCCGCCCCCCGCGCCGCGGGCUCCGGACAACUUCAGGGGUGGGGUGCGAAGAAAGUUUGCGGCUGCCGCCGCCGGCCUCCCGCCUCUCGGCCUAGGAGGCUCGCCGCCCGCGCCCGCCCGCUCGGCCUUGCCAGGGACCGCGUCGCGCCCCGAGACCGCCACCAUGAACAAGCUGUACAUCGGCAACCUCAACGAGAGCGUGACCCCCGCGGACUUGGAGAAAGUGUUUGCGGAGCACAAGAUCUCCUACAGCGGCCAGUUCUUGGUCAAGUCCGGCUAUGCCUUCGUGGACUGCCCCGACGAGCACUGGGCCAUGAAGGCCAUCGAAACUUUCUCCGGGAAAGUCGAAUUGCAAGGAAAACGCCUAGAGAUUGAACACUCGGUCCCCAAAAAACAAAGGAGUCGGAAAAUCCAGAUUCGAAAUAUCCCACCCCAGCUUCGUUGGGAAGUGCUGGAUAGCCUGCUUGCUCAAUAUGGUACUGUGGAGAAUUGCGAGCAAGUGAACACGGAGAGUGAGACGGCAGUGGUGAAUGUCACCUAUUCCAACCGGGAACAGACCAGGCAAGCCAUUAUGAAGCUGAAUGGCCACCAGCUGGAGAACCACGCCUUGAAGGUCUCCUACAUUCCCGACGAGCAGAUAGCACAAGGCCCUGAGAACGGGCGCCGAGGAGGCUUUGGCUCCCGGGGUCAGCCCCGCCAGGGCUCCCCUGUGGCAGCAGGGGCCCCAGCCAAGCAGCAGCAAGUGGACAUUCCCCUGCGGCUCCUGGUGCCCACCCAAUAUGUGGGCGCCAUUAUUGGCAAAGAGGGGGCCACCAUCCGAAACAUCACGAAACAGACCCAGUCCAAGAUAGAUGUACACAGGAAGGAGAACGCAGGCGCCGCGGAGAAGGCCAUCAGCGUCCACUCCACACCUGAGGGCUGCUCCUCUGCAUGUAAGAUGAUCUUGGAAAUUAUGCAGAAGGAAGCAAAGGACACCAAAACGGCCGACGAGGUUCCCCUGAAGAUCCUGGCCCAUAAUAACUUCGUGGGGCGUCUCAUUGGCAAGGAAGGGCGCAACCUGAAGAAGGUGGAGCAGGACACAGAGACGAAAAUCACCAUCUCUUCGCUGCAGGACCUCACACUCUACAACCCCGAGAGGACCAUCACCGUGAAGGGCGCCAUCGAGAACUGCUGCAGGGCCGAACAGGAGAUUAUGAAGAAAGUUCGGGAGGCCUAUGAGAACGACGUGGCCGCCAUGAGUCUGCAGUCACACCUCAUCCCCGGCCUGAACUUGGCGGCUGUGGGUCUUUUUCCAGCCUCAUCCAGUGCGGUCCCGCCCCCGCCUAGCAGCGUCACUGGAGCGGCUCCCUACAGCUCCUUUAUGCAGGCUCCAGAGCAGGAGAUGGUGCAGGUGUUCAUCCCCGCGCAGGCGGUGGGCGCCAUCAUCGGGAAGAAGGGACAGCACAUCAAACAGCUCUCACGCUUCGCCAGCGCCUCCAUUAAGAUUGCUCCUCCUGAAACUCCUGACUCCAAAGUUCGUAUGGUCAUCAUCACUGGACCCCCGGAAGCUCAAUUUAAGGCUCAAGGGAGAAUCUACGGAAAACUCAAGGAGGAGAACUUCUUUGGUCCCAAGGAGGAAGUAAAGCUGGAGACCCACAUCCGGGUGCCGGCGUCAGCCGCUGGCAGGGUUAUUGGCAAAGGCGGCAAAACGGUGAAUGAGUUGCAGAAUUUGACAGCAGCCGAGGUGGUGGUGCCGAGAGACCAGACCCCUGAUGAGAACGACCAGGUCAUCGUCAAGAUCAUCGGGCAUUUUUAUGCCAGCCAGAUGGCACAGCGGAAGAUUCGAGACAUCCUGGCCCAAGUGAAACAGCUGCACCAAAAGGGACAGAGUAACCAGGCCCAGGCACGGAGGAAGUGACCAGCCCCCUCCCCGCCGCGGCGACUCAAGGACAACGGGCUGAAAUCGAGAGCGCGUUCUCCCCAGCAGGCCUGAGAAUGAGUGGGAAUCAGGGACACUCGGGCCGGGAUGUAGAUCAGGUUUGCCCACUUGGCUCGAGGAAGGACGUUCCAGUGAGGAACCCUGAUCCCUCGGCCCCACACGCCCAACCAAUUGGCCCGACACUGCCCACCCCUCAGGGUGUCACCACGGAAAUUCUAGCUCAGGGUGCUUUUAAACGUGGAUUGUUGAAGUAAGUUCUCCAGGUCCCACCAAGAAAGUGGGUCAGGCCCCAGUGGGAAGAGAAAUAAAAUUUCCUUCAGGUUUUUAAAUCAUGCCGAGGGGUGUUUUAAUCAGCCUCAAAGGAUGGUUUGCUUCUCGACCCUAAAAAUCCUUCCAACCCUCUCCUACUUGGUUCGUUGAUUAAAAUACCUCUAUUCUCGUGCCCUGACAUAACCUCUUCCUAUAUAGCCUCUUCCUGAAGUCACACUAAUUGUGUUAUCCGUACCGCUGCGGGAAAUGGUGUGGGAGCGACUGCAGUGAUUUGCUUACGUUAUUGACUCAGAGGAGCAGACGCACCAGCAUCGAUAGUUUAAUUCCACUCCUUCCCUAACCAACCGGUAGGAACAGCAAGGCAUACAGAGCGGGGGAGAGAUGUGAUUAAAAUAUAUAGUAAUCCACGUUUAAAAGGAGGGCCCUUACGGCUGAUCUAGUCCAGACCCACCGUCUUGAAAAAUUGGCGCGGUUAAAAUGUUCUCCACCCUGGCGGGGACCUCCCCACCAAGAUUCCCUGCCCCGUUCACGUCCUUCUGCCCGUCGAGGUGCACGUGGGCGGUACUGAGCGCUCAGCGGGAUGGGGGCUGACCACUGUACCGUCCCUGAUUCCCAUCAUUCUCAGGCAGAUUUUUAUAUUUUUUUAAAGUCUAUUUUAAUGAUUGGAUAUGAGCACUGGGAAGGGGACACAACUCCCCUUGAUAAAGUCUCAGUUCCAUGGAGGACUCGAGUGGCCCCAAAGGCUGCCACUGUGGCCCUCGCUCCAGCCCAUGUGCUCCUAUAAGGGCUGGUUCCCAGAGGCAGGGGUUGCGGGGCACUCCCCCCCCACGGCACUGUUCCCUUGGUGGAGGUGGGAUGUGGAACCCAACCCCCAGCUGCCGGUAAAGCUGAAGUCCAUCACCUGGCAUGCAUUUAUGAAUAUUCAGUACAUUGGAGAGUAUUUGCUUCUGUCUUUAUCCUAGAGGCACAUUUAACCGAUGGCUUCUGCCUCCACGCAUCACCGGCGUGACGAAAGUCAUGCCUGAAAGCAGAAUUCUUGAUACCAGCCACCUCAUGCACAAAAGUGGUAAAUAAGCUUAAUUUAUUAAUUUACCAGGCUCAGUAAGAUCCCUUUGGAAGUUCAGCCCUUGUGGAAGACAGCAGCCAUCAGUUAAAUGAGGUUGGGCCUUCCCUCCUCCUAUACUGAUUGUCAAUGCAUAUUAGCCGGGUGGUGCACUUUAGUCAGCUACCUUGGACAAUGCGAUCAAGUGUGCUGGGAAGGAAGGAAGGCCUCUCUGCAUGUGGAAAAAGCCCAUGCGCGGAGUCCCCUCCUUCCGCGACACUGCAACGACGAGAGACAACCAUGACACGUGGGCGGAGUCAGUCAGGUAAUGCUGUGCGCGAAGUAAACUACCUCAAGGUAUGAAGUUACCUCAGCAAUUACUUUCCUUUUUGUUCCCCCCGCCUUUUUUUAACCUUUUUUUUUUUUCCUUUGCGGCUUGCUGAUAUUUUAUAUAAAAAAGAAAAGCGAAGCAAAAGAGAAGCUGAUAGUCUUGAAUAUUUUAUUUUUUUAAUGAAAAGAAAAAAAACGAGAAAGUUAUGUUUCAUAAUUUCUUACAACGUGAGCCAGUGUAAGCCUUUAGGAUCUCUCUAUGGAGAACAGGCCCUGGGGGAAAGGCAGCAGAGGCUGGCUCUUCGGGAGGGGGCUGGGAACUCAGCGGCCGCGAGGGUGAGAGGCCCUGAUCUCUGAGUCCCGGAUUCCCAAGCCACUGGCCUCUCCUGGGACGUCCCGCCUGCUGGGAUUCAGAGACCUGGCAGAGCUGUGGGCCUCCAGUGGCCCAGCCGCCGGCUCAGGGCGUCCACUCUCUCCCUUUUCGGUUCAAGGGCAUCCCGGCCAGUUUUCCCCACCAGUGGUGCUGUUGAGAUAUUUUAAAAUAUUGCCUCCGUUUUAUCGAGGAGUGAAAGAAUAUCUAAAAAAAUAUAUAUACCCAUUAAGAAAAACAAAAACCCUCUAUUUCUCUUUCUAGAAGUAUGGGAGCCAAGAUUCCGUUGGUGGAAGAGGCAAAGCUGCUCUCUUAACCCUCAGAGAGGCCCACCUGGUUUGUCAUCGCAGUCUUUUCUUUUUGUGGCUGUUCUUUUCAGUGCCGUCUUGCUGUUCCUUUGGGUCUGUGUCAACAGACCAAGGAGCAAACAGACACUCAGACUAUUGCCCCUUCGUCUCUUGUCAUCUUUAGAUUGAUCUGAUUGGUUCUAACCGUGCACCCAAGCUAAAGGACUUGUCGAUUUAGGGCGGUGGGUGCAAGAAGGGGUCAGGGGUAUGGGAAUGUGACUGGGGACAGCUUCCUGCCUCGCUCGUGUCUUAUCCCUGUGUCCCCACGACACUUCCUUUGUAACCAACUGUCUGCCCCCAAAGAGAGGAGGAAGCAGGAGUGCAUUUAGGGGUAAUAUCAGGCCAGUAUAAUUGAGCUUCCCACCUGUCGUAACCCCCCAAAACGGGUCUCCCUACUUCCAUCUCUGGCUCUCUAUGCUUUAUCCCAAAACGAAGGCAGGUAACAUUCAGACAUCGGCCAUUUGGUGAUUUAAGGCGAAUUUCCAGCAGCAAGCAUGCUUUAAUACCCGGUUCAAACUACCAGCAGAAAAAACAACAAAAAACAACAACAAAAAACCCCACCCACAGUACCUGAAAUGUGAUUGUUGCAGUGUUCAGUUUCCUUGGGAUCCUGCUCCCUUCACACCUUAAGCCCACGUCCUUUUCCUCCGGCUGGCUUGGCGCUCGGCAGAGGCCAGGAAGUGUGGCAAGGGACUGUCAGACGUUAGGUGAAUUAAGGCAUGGCUUUCCUUCAUUGCCGACAUUUGCCCAGCAGGAAAGUUGUGCAAGUUAACCCUAUCAGAAGCAGAAGGAAUAUGGUUUGGUGGUUAAAGUUUAGCGGGAUCAAGGACCUGUCUUGGCGGCCCGCCUUUGACCCUUUAGGCUAGGACUUGGGGCAGCGCCUUGCCCUCCUGCACAUCACCUCCAUUUCCCCAUCCUUGGCGAGAUAAGUCAACUCGGAAAGCACUUGGGAGAUUUGGAUGAUCAGAGAAAAGUGACUUUUGGAAAACCACUUCUAUACUGGAGAGAGAGAGAGAGCGCGAGAUAUAUAUGUGUGUGUGCGUGCGCUACAUAUAUAUUUUUAAGAAAGGACCAUCUCUUUAGGAUAUAUUUUUAUUCUGUGGAACACACCAGAAAAAAACCAAAAUGGUUUGAUUUCACUAACUUCAAAGCUGCAUCUGACAGUUAACACCCGGAUGGCUUUAAUCCCCUCGAGGGUCUGGUUGCCUUUGGCAGUGUGGGUCGUGGCCUCGGCUCUGGGUAGGAGAGAGCCCCGCGGAGGGACCGAGUUUAGCCCCUGCUGCCCUCCCCCAGGGCCUUGUCCAGGCCUCAUUCCUUUCCCGUGAGCUCUCCGCUUCCGGGGGCGGUUGCGAGCUAUUCUUAGGUCUGCCUGUUGGCAGAAAAGACCCCAUGUAAAACCCAGAGAACACUGCGGGGGACACUCCAGGUGGCCCUGUUGUCCAUUUUCCUCUGUGCCAAAGACAGACAGAGGCUGAGAGAGGCCGUCUCUGAAUCAAAGCAGUAGCCGUCUUUGAACAUCCACCUUGGGCCCUCUGAGAGGGGCUCCUGGAAACGUGUGAGCUGAAGGCCCGUCCCUUCCGCCUGAGGCUCCUGGGGACUCGGGGGCGGUACUUAACUUGCCAAGGGGUAGGGAGCCGAGAAAGGGGUCCGUUGGCUCCUGGUUGCACUUUGGGGAGGGAGGGGGAAGCUUGGGGCUCCUCCACGCGGGGCUGCUCUCCGUCCCCUGCCCCCACUGCAGAGAUAGCAUGGCGAGUUCCCUUCAGGCCUGGCAGACUGGCAACGAGGAGGGGCCUCAGUUAGCUCUCAAGGGUGCCUUCCCCUCCUCCCACCCCAGACGUACCCUCUGCCAAACUGGGAACCGGCAGUGCUAUGUAACUACCUCACAGAGCCCCAGAGGGACCGCCCGGACUUCCGGCACCUCUAGUCACCCCUUCCCCUCCCGCCUCCCAGGGUGGGUCGGGGGAGGUGGGCCAUCCGUUUCAUUCUCCUGAAGCUUCCGGGGAGAUCCUAGUGGCUUUGACAUUCAAACCGUGCAACUGUUUCUUUGCCUGUUUGUUGAGAACAGGCACAAGGAAGACCGCACGGCCUGACCACCGUGCUUGCAGGAAGAUGGAGAACAAAUCCUCAGUGCCAGGGGACGUAAAGCCAUUCAUUUCCCUUCCAAACGCUCGAUGACAUAGAUGCAGAACAUUUCUUUGGACUCAGACGUUUAGAGUUAACACCAGCUGAAAGCUUCGGUUUCUGUCCUUUGGAUACAUAAGGCUUCUCUAUUCCGGGGUACAGGGCAGGGAGGAGGCCUCGUGACCGAAGGUUGGAGGUAGAGGGGGAGGGCCAGGUCCCAACCUUGACCCCUGGGCCCGUGCACCUCCUCGGGGCACAGCCUGGCGAUGCCACCAUGAGCAUGGUGUCUAGUAUGCUUGAAUCCGGACUGACAAGACAUGGAAGAAUUUGUGUUUUCUUCAAUGGACUAGCAGGAAGUUCCUUGGGAGCGUGUGUUUUUGAGUCACCACAGGUGAUGGACGCUACGAGUAGAAAUGGAUUAACUACCUCAAUCCUUACAGUAAGAUUGGAACCGAGGGGCAGGGACUCGUGCAUAAGGGUAUGAAUCCCAGCCAGGAGAAGUGAGUUGAGGCUAAUGCCGCAAAGUGGUUUGUUCUCAAGGAACAGGCAGGCCUGCCAGGAGCCCCCCACCCCCACCCCUCCCUGUCGAUGGGGCCGGGAGGUCUGGCAAGUUAGGUCCGCCCCCCCCCCCCCCCCCCCCCCCGCCUUCUGCCUUCCUUGCCCCGGGGUCCAGUGUGUCACCCCUUUCCCUUUGGCUCGACCUCCUCUCACUUGCUUUGUCCUGUGUCGCUGGACCAGAGAGGCUGGCUGGAGGUGAAGUUCAGGGCUCUGGCCUGGAACCCAGCACUCAGCCAUAGCGUCCGGAAGCCUGGGGAAGCCAGAGCAGAGAACUCUUUCAACAGGGUUUCUUUGGGACGCUGCACCUCCGCUAUAUCCUCAGUCUUCACGGGGACAGUUGGGUCAAGAAGAGGUGGUGUGGGAUCCUUUGUCCUGAGAGGGUCCAAGGCCCUGGUCCUCUGGUCACUCAGGCGUCUUUGUAGUCUGGGGGUGGGGGGUGGGGGAGUCCACCGGGCGAUCCCCGCCCCUCCCCACCCUCUAAUGGACCUCCUCAUAGAAGCCCCAUUUCACUUUUGUUUUAUCUACCUCUUAGCAAGACAAUAGAGAUAAAUUAGGUAGUGGCGGCUCCACUUGCUUAGGUUAGGGGGGGAAAAAGAUUUCUUUUUCCAAAGGAAAAAAAAUAUUACCUUAAAAAUACUUUCCAAAAAAUUUAAAAAACCAAAAAAAAGAAAAUAGUAAAAAAACAAAAACAAAAAAAAAGAGGGAGACAUUUUCCAGUGACCACUGGAUUGUUUUUAAUUCCCCAGGCUUUUUUUUUUUUUUUUCCUUCCCCCAUAAAUAAGUUUCACUCUUCGGCGAGUUUCUCCACUUUUUUAAGAUAAUGUGCUAUCCUGACUGGGAUAGCGGUCACAGUCUGCCCCCCUGGCCUGUCCCACCCCCCACCCCCUGUGCCCGCCAGCGAGUGCUACCUGUGUUCCCCCUGAUACCCUCCUGGCCAGGUGACUUCCGUCCCCCCGUCACCAAGAUUAAAGACUGUGUUGGGGUGCUUAAGUCUUGACUCCCCCUUUCCCUGUGGGGGUUGGGAGGCCACUUGUAACACGUCCGUGUAAAUUUUAUGUAACCCACUGCAAUGUAAAGGUGUUCAAAAUGAAUUUUCAGCAGAUGAUGAGUUAGCAUAACAAAUAAACAUCCUCUACCGCCACUUGGAUUCUCCCCUUCGUCCAGCAUCUCCCUCCCGGUCCGGGAAACCAGAAUAAAUCAAAGGAGCCCUCCUUCCCCAACGCACAGCGAGUGAGGCUCCAGUGCUGAGACCUCUCCCACUCAGGAGAGUGGAAAACGUGUUUUCGGAAUGCGGAUCCUGGUGGCGGCCGGAGGGGGCUCCCGCACGUGACUGCGCUAUCCUGUUCUGUAAUUCGCGGCCGCUUCAAAAAUUGUACUUGGCUGGAAGUCUGCCAGCCAUCGCCACGGUAUUUUGAUUGUACCCUUUCUCCCACCCUUUAAUCUGUACUUUGCUUUGUCCGGGGAGGUGGGGCGGCUGGCUCAGACUUUGCGAAUUUGUUCUUUUGCCGGACAGGCACGUCAGCCUUUCCCGUGAAGGUUGUUUCAGCUACAGCCCACUUGAUUCUGCUGUUUCAAUUUCAAAAAUAAAAGGAAACUUCUAUCGAAA